UGAAGGAGGGGAAAUGGAAGCUAUCCAGCCAGAUGGAAGACUGCCAACAUCUUUCCAGUGAAAUGCUUGCCCCACCCUUGCACCAGGCUGUUUGUCGGGAUUUCUCUGGACCAAGUCAGCCUCUGGCCAGUAUGUGGAUGCCUGAGGGGCAGUGGGUGUGAGCAGCUCUUUAGAAGAGUCAGGAAGAGGAGGAGCUGGGGAGAGGUCAACUGUGGGCUUCACCCACAAGCUGCUGUACAGACCAUAGCCUCUUUGGGACCUGUGGUCUAGAAGAUAGGAGAAAGGGUGAGCAGGCCAGAAGACCCAGCCUAGCCAGACUUUGAAAGCCACAGAGGCACCAUGAGUACCGAGGAGGACACCAAAUGGCUUCAGUGGGUGACGCACCAGUUUGAGACCAUUGCGGGGGAAGACCGGGAAAUCGAUCUGCAAGAAUUCAAAGCAGCCCUCAAUGUGAAAGAGUCCUUCUUUGCCGAGAGGUUCUUCACUCUGUUUGACUCGGAUGGAAGUGGCACCAUCACCCUCCAGGAGCUGCUGGAGGCGCUGACCCUGCUCAUCCACGGCAACCCCAUGGACAAACUCAAAUUCCUCUUCCAGGUGUACGACGUCGAUGGCAGCGGGUCCAUCGACGUGGACGAGCUGCGCACCGUGCUGCAGUCAUGCAUGCGCGAGAGCGCCAUCUCGCUGCCGGACGAGAAGCUGGACCAGCUGACGCUGGCGCUCUUCGAGUCCGCCGACAAGGACUGCAACGGCGCCAUCACCUUCGACGAGCUCCGGGACGAGCUGCAGCGCUUCCCCGGGGUCAUGGAGAACCUGACCAUCAGCGCCGCCCACUGGCUGACGCCCCCAGCCGCCCAGCCGCGCCGGAGGCGUCCCCGCCUUCUGACCUCAGCCUACUGGCACAACCACCGCAGCCACCUGCUCUGCCUGACCGCCUACGCGGUCCUCCACGUGCUGCUCUUCGCGCUGGCGGCCAGCGCGCACCGGGCCCGCGGCCCCAGCGUCAUGGUGGCCAAGGGCUGCGGCCAGUGCCUCAACUUCGACUGCAGCUUCAUCGCGGUGCUGAUGCUGAGAAGGUGCCUGACGUGGCUGCGGGCUACCUGGCUGGCGCAGGUCCUGCCACUGGACCGAAACAUCCAGUUCCACCAGCUCAUGGGCUACGUGGUGGUUGUGCUCUCCCUGGUACACACUGUGGCCCACGUUGUGAACUUCGCGCUUCAGGCUCAGUCCGAGGACAGCCCCUUCCGGUUCUGGGAACUGCUGCUCACCACCAGGCCUGGCAUCGGCUGGGUCUAUGGCUCGGCCUCCCCGACUGGUGUGGCUCUGCUGCUGCUGCUGGUCCUCAUGUUUGCCUGCUCCAGCUCCUGCAUCCGGAGGAGUGGCCACUUUGAGGUGUUCUACUGGACCCAUCUGUCUUACUUCCCCAUGUGGAUUCUGCUCAUUUUGCAUGGGCCCAACUUCUGGAAGUGGCUGCUGGUCCCUGGCAUCCUGUUCUUCCUGGAGAAGAUCAUUGGGCUAGCAAUAUCCCGCAUGGGAGCCUUUUGCAUCGUGGAAGUCAAUCUCCUUCCCUCUAAGGUCACCCAUCUCCUCAUUGAGAGGCCCCCUCUCUUCCACUACAGGCCAGGCGACUACUUAUACCUGAAUGUCCCCAGCAUCGCACGCUACGAGUGGCACCCUUUCACCAUUAGCAGUGCUCCAGAGCAGAAAGACACCAUCUGGCUACAUGUGCGGUCCGAAGGCCAGUGGACAAACAGGCUAUAUGAAUCGUUCAAGAUGUUGUGCCCCAUGGACUGUGGCUCCGGACAGCUGUCAAGGAGUCUGAAGAGGAGAAGGAGCCAGAGGAGGCCCCAGAGCUUGCCCAGCCAGCCCAUGCAUUCAGGAACCUCGGCACAGGGAACAGUGGCCUUCAGCAGGGACAUCACCGUGGAGCUGACCUCCUACAGGCCCAAGGGAACUCCACAGCAGGGAGACCAAGGCGUGGUAGGCACGGGGACCGAGGAAGGGGCUCCAGCCCAGCGGGGAGCCCCAGCCCAUCUGGGCCCAGUCUCUGAGAUGUCCUCUGAGAACCACCUGCUUUGUAACAUCAAGUGCUACAUCAGCGGCCCCUACGGAACCCCCACCCGCAGGAUCUUUGCCUCUGAGCACGCAGUACUCAUCGGGGCGGGCAUUGGCAUCACCCCCUUUGCCUCUAUCCUGCAGAGCAUCAUGUACCGGCACCAGAAGAGGAAGCACAUUUGCCCCAGCUGCCAGCACUUCUGGAUGGAUAGCAUCCAGGAUGAGGACAUGAAGCUCCGCAAGGUGGACUUCAUCUGGAUCAACCGAGACCAGCGGUCUUUUGAGUGGUUUGUGAGCCUGCUGACCAAGUUGGAGAUGGACCAGGCCGAGAUGACCCAAGAGGACCCCUUCCUGGAGCUGCACAUGUAUAUGACCUCUGCACUGGGCAAGAAUGACAUGAAGGCCAUUGGCCUGCAGAUGGCUCUCGACCUCCUGGCCAAGAAGGAGAAGAAGGACUCCAUCACGGGCCUCCAGACACGCACCCAGCCUGGGCGGCCCGACUGGAACAAGGUGUUCCAGAAGGUGGCUGCUGAGAAGAAGGGCAAGGUGCAGGUCUUCUUCUGUGGCUCCCCAGCCCUGGCCAAGGUGCUCAAGGGCCACUGUGAGCAGUUCAGCUUCAAAUUCUUCCAGGAGAACUUUUAGCCUCAUCUCUCCCAGUGCUGCCCAACCCACACUACCGGCCAGCUUCUCCAUAUGCUCCCAUGCCCCACAGAGACCGGCCUCAGAGGACCCACCUUGUCCCACUCCACCCCCAGAGAAGGAACGGCCAGGGGCAGGUGGACUUCCUUCAAUACCCCGGGAAAAGUGGGGUGCAUUCUGGGUUUUGCUGAGAAACUGACCAGGCCAGAGGCCAGCGGCUCCAGAAGGAAGUGCAGAGGGGGCUUCCCAGGCCACUGCCCCUCCAAAAGUCCUCUGAGGGAGGCUUCCCCUACAACAGUGGUCCCACACCUGCUUAAUCACCACAGUCAUUCGGGAUUUUAUCCCGACAUUUUCUUAUGAAAAUUUUCAAACAUAAAGAUAACUAAAAGAAUUGUACAGUGGAUGGUUACCCAGUUGCUGGAUUCCUCUGUUAGCGUUUUGCUAUAUUUGCUUUUCUGCGUAUUUUCCAUCUAUCCCUCUCUCUAUCUAUCAGUGCCCCUUGUUUUUCUGAUGCAUUUUAGAGCAUGUUUGUCACUCCCUGCAGUGGAGAAGUUAGCUAAGAGGGUGUCCUGACUUAGGGCUGGGGUAUGCAUUGGGAAUGCGCCAAAGUCAUUUGGAAAGUUGGCAGAGCAGAGUCCGUUUAGCAUAGGACUUCUCUGUCUCUCUGUCUGUCUGUCUCUCUCUCUGUUCACCUAGAAUUUUGUAUCACGCAGACAGUGGGAGCCGAUAGAGGAACUUGAAUACAGAUUCUAAAAUCCAUUAAGGGUCCACAUGUUUGACUUAGGAUCACACGAGUCCUAAGGCUUUCUCGCCAGACAUACCCCAGGUAGCCACUGGGGGGCGCUGCGGAACCAGAGAUCUUGGAGGUUUUGCUUGCUGGGAGGGAGGGGUUCCUGAGCUGCAGUGAAUCCAAGACCCGUCAGAGCAGACUGUGCCCCACCCUGAAGCCCUGGCUCUAGGCAACACCUCGAGGCCCAGACGUGGGUGGAUCUGUGAAGUCAAGAGAAUUCGUUUUCAAGAUCGGAGUCCUCUAGCUGCCGUUCCCUAACAGCCCCUCACAGAUGCACAUACAGACCCUCUCCCUACCAUACCCACCCCCCCAUCCCUCCCCUUCUGGGGCUUUCCAAGUUUCCAUCUGUAAGGUCAGCAUAGGCCUGGCUGAGCAUAGGUCCAGGCUCUGCCCUGGGGCUCUGCCACCUCUUAUCAUUGGAGGUGCAGGAUCAAAUGUGGGGUCUGUCCAUCUGGAUAUUGCCUGGAUGUCCAGAUGGGGGCCCUGCCACCAUCAGCAAGAGAAACAAAUGCAUCCGUAUGGCUGACUGACUUUCCUCCUUAGACAUUUGUGGGUCUAAGAGGGCUAAGGAGGGCACACAGAAAAGGAACAGAAGGAACACAGGCUAACUACAGAUAAAAGGUGCAUUAUGUGAAUGUGAGCUCCCCACACUGUCAGCUCCCCACAGCCAGGCCUGCAGCCCCAGAAUCUAGCACAUAGGGAGCGGCAGUAGGCCUACCCCGCAUGUCAACUCCCACAAGGCACAGGUCCUACAUAACUGGAAUGAUCCUUGGGAAGGAAAGGUCCUCUGCACAUAGCCGUCAUUUUAAUCUGGGAAACCAAGGCGUGAACUCGAGCCCACUGAAGGAAUCCCUUGGCCAGGCUCCACGAGGCUGCUCUGCUCUGAGGACAGCUCUGACAGAGGCAGCAGGUGCUCCUGAAACCCUGAGUCAGGCCCACCCAGACCAACAACACGCCAAGAGCCCACAAGCGUUUUCGGGUAGGGAGGGUGACAACCAGUGGCAAUGGUGCGAGGUGUCACAGCCUGGCAGAGUCAAGAUUAGGGAGGGAUUAGAGACAAGACUGGCAGUGGGCGAACGAACGCCUUGGAGACGUGUGAAGAAAGGACCUUUGCUCUCUGAAAUCAGGGCACUGGCUGCCAAGUUUGCCUCUGUCCCAGUCAGCUGUGUGACCUUGGGUCUGCCCUGGGACCUCUCUGAGCUGUCGCUUCCUCACCGGUAGGAUGAACAGAUUAAGGAUGAAUAUUUUUAAGUGCUGGUAUAUGCGUAAUCCUUUCUUAAGAAAUACGCAAAAAAUAUGUUUCUCCUCUGUUUGCUUUGGGGAGUGGGAAUGGAGGGACAGGGAAAGGGUAUUGUUUGAGGGUGGUUUUAUUUUGUUUUUCUUUUUAUCUUCUACCCCUCUGUAAAGUUUGAAGUUUUUAAUGAUAAAUGGCUGUAGAUUUUAUAGUUUUUUUUUUUAAAUGAUGUUAA